AUGGAUCGGGACGAUGACGCCAAAUGGCUGGAGUGGGUCGCCCAGCAGUUUGAGACCAUCGCUGGGGAAGAUCAAGAGAUCGACUUGGAAGAAUUCAAAACCGCUCUCAAGGUGAAGGAGUCCUUUUUUGCCGAGCGGUUCUUUGCGUUGUUUGACGCCGACGGAAGCGGCACGAUCACUCUGGAUGAACUCCUCGCAUCCUUGAAACUGCUGGUCCAUGGGAGUGAAACAGACAGACUCCGGUUCCUCUUCCAGGUUUACGACGUGGAUGGCAGUGGGUCCAUUGACUCUGACGAGCUGCGCACUGUCUUGAAAUCGUGCCUGAAGGAGAGUUCGAUAUCUUUGCCGGAAGAGAAGCUGGACGACCUCACCAGGGCCCUUUUUGAAUCCGCCGACGCGGACAACAGCGGCGCCAUCACCUUUGAAGAGCUGAGAAGGGAACUGGAACGGUUCCCAGAGGUCAUGGAGAACUUAACAAUAAGCGCUGCAAACUGGCUGAAGCCCCCCCGAGCUCCGAGGAAGAGUGGCAGGCCGCGCUACCUGAGCCCGGCCUAUUGGCGGAACAACACCAGCAAGCUCCUUUUCCUGGGCGGCUACGGGUGUGUGAACCUCCUCCUCUUUGCCUGCGCGGCACUGAGGCACGCCGACUCUGGUGUCUGGACGAUGCUGGCCAGAGGCUGUGGGCAGUGCCUGAACUUCAACUGCACGUUCAUAGUGGUGCUGAUGUUACGUCGGUGCCUAACAUGGCUGCGAGCUACCUGGGCCGCUGCGGUGCUGCCUCUAGACCAGAACGUCAUUCUGCACCAGCUGGUGGGCUACGUCGUGGUGGCCCUGACUGCUGUCCACACCGGGGCUCACGUGGCCAACUUUGCGAGAAUGUCUCGGGCCAAAGGCAGCUAUCGCCUUUGGGAAUACCUGUUAACAACCCGACCCGGGAUUGGCUGGAUCUACGGCACUGCCUCUCUCUCGGGCCUUCUCCUCCAGGUGCUCAUUGGCCUGAUGCUCGUCUGCUCCUGCCCCUUCCUCCGCAAGAGUGGCCACUUUGAGGUCUUCUACUGGACCCACCUUUCUUAUAUCUUCAUCUGGGCUUUGCUAAUUGCCCAUGGCCCUAAUUUCUGGAAGUGGUUUCUAGUGCCUGGAUUCCUGUUCCUCUUGGAGAAGAUUGUUGGUGUCGCGCUGAUGCACAUCCGAGGGCUGCAGAUUGUGGAAAUCAACCUCUUGCCCUCUAAGGUGACUCAUUUGGUGAUUAGGAGACCUCCGUUUUUCCAUUACAAACCGGGCGACUACGUAUAUCUGAACAUCCCCGUCAUCGCCAAGUACGAAUGGCAUCCGUUCACCAUCAGCAGUGCUCCAGAGCAGCCAGGGACAAUCUGGCUGCAUAUAAGGUCCCUGGGACAGUGGACCAAUCGGUUGUAUGAGUACUUCAGUAACGAAAACCCUGAUUGGCUGGCCAGAAAUCAAAGGAAGAAGGGCUGGUUCCGGAAGUGGUUGCAGAAAUUUCUCCUGGGCUCCUCAGACCUGGAUCUGCCUGUGGCCAGCAAUGAGGAUGAGAUGAUUGAGAUCUUAUCGUACACACCUACCAGAGGUCCCGGCUGGGGAACCGCAAGCGCCGGUAUUGCUGGCCGGUGUGAAGAGAGUUUUUGUGAAGGGCCAGGGUAUAAAUCCAAUCUCCUCCUCCCCCUCCUCUUCUUGCAACAGGUUUCUGGCAAGCCGGAUGACAAUUGGCAACGCUGCAACGUCAAGUGCUACAUUGAUGGUCCUUACGGGACUCCCACGCGGAGAAUCUUCACUUCGGAACAUGCAGUGCUGAUCGGGGCAGGAAUAGGGAUCACCCCAUUUGCAUCCAUUUUGCAAAGCAUCAUGUACAGGUACCGUGCGAGACAGCAAGCCUCUCCCAGCCAGAGCGACACCCAGGGGGAGAGCCUUAGGAACGAGGAAAUGAAGCUCCGGAAGGUUGACUUUGUCUGGAUCAAUCGGGAUCAGAAGUCCUUCGAGUGGUUUGUCAGCCUGUUGACCCAGCUGGAAGCGGAUCAGGCCGAGAGUGACCCGGGAGGCCGCUUCCUGGAGAUGCACUUGUACAUGACCUCCGCGCUCAGCAAGAAUGACGUGAAGGCCAUCGGCCUCCAGAUGGCGCUAGAUCUGCUGGCCAAGAAGGAAAAGAGGGACUCCAUCACCGGCCUUAAGACCAGAACCCAACCUGGACGCCCAGACUGGAACCAGAUCUUUCAGAAACUGGCCCUGGAGAGAAGAGGGAAAGUCCACGUCUUCUUCUGCGGCUCUCCGGCUCUUGCCAAGGUCGUCAGAGCCCACUGUGAGCAGUUUGGCUUCAGAUUCUUCAAAGAGCACUUCUAAGCACACACACACACACACACCCCACCAGUCCCCACUGCCCUUCCUCUGUGGAGGCGGCAAGCCUGCAUGCGGCUCAGAGGCGUGACGCGGACGUGGC